AUGGUUCAUGUGGACGUGGUGACAGAAGCUUUGGCCCCAGCCUCUAUUAGUCCCACUAGAACACAAAUUGAUUCUGGAGUAAGUACAGGAACACCAGAAGAGGCAUCAGAUCCAAGCACCAAAGAGUGCAAGUCAACACUAAAUUCCACCACACAGAGUGUGCCAAAUACAGAUUCAUCUGGCCCCAAAAGGCAGUUACAUCUUAGUGGGGGUGGUAUGCAUCCUCACAGAGAACAGCGAAAUAUUCCUAUUGGGCCCCUCAGACUGGUCACUAUCUUUCCUGAAGACAAGCGACAGAUAAUUGGGGAUACUUUUGUUCGUGUUGCUCAGGAAGUAUGGUCUGAACUGCAACUGGAUCCUAGUAGUUUGAUGCUUUGCCAAGGGACAUUAAGACCUGAUCUGAUUGAGUCCGCAUCUCAUUUGGUUAGUCAACGAGCAGAUACAAUUAAAACUCAUCAUAACACAACUAUGCUGGUUCAGCUUCUACAAAAGCAAGGUCGGGUUGUUGAACCGUUAUCUGACUUUCACAAAGAUGAAGUUAGACAAAUCGGUAAACAGUUAGGACUUCCAGAAAGUAUUGUCAACCGUCAUCCUUUUCCUGGUCCAGGUUUAGCAGUUAGGAUUUUAUGUGCUGCAGAACCAUACAUCGAACGUGAUUUUUCGGAGACAACAAGCUUAAUAAAAAUGAUUGCAGGAUAUCAUCAAAUGUCGCAAAAGCCUCAUGCUCUUCUGAACAAGAUAAAUGCUGCUGCCAGACCAGAGGAACAACAACGCUUGUCGAAAAUUACGGCCAAUAGAUCUCUAGCCGCUUAUGUCCUACCCAUUCGUACAGUUGGAGUACAGGGUGAUCAUCGUUCAUAUAGCUACGCUUGUGCAUUAUCUAGUUCAGCUGCACCAGAUUGGGAUGCUCUGUCUUUCCUAGCUAAUUUGAUACCCAGAAUUUGUCAUAAUAUCAAUCGAGUGGUUUAUAUAUUGGGACCACAAGUUCUUCAUCCGGUGAAUGAUGUUACAGUCACUUAUCUUCGAGAACCUGUUAUUGAUACUCUUCGUGAGGUGGAUGACAGAGUUAUGUCAGUACUUCAAAACACUGGUUGCAUGAAUAAAAUUGAUCAAAUGCCUAUUGUUCUUAUACCGAUUCAUUUUGAUCGUGAUCCGAGUCAAGUAGUGUCUAUUCCUUCUAUUUUACGAUCAAUUGUACUCAGACCGGUGAAAUCAGCAGAUUUUAUGACAUGUGUAGCAGCUGUUCCCGGAGUUCAUAUUCCCGAAGAACAGAUCAACUUCAUGGAAGAAUUAUCAUCCACACAAUCUAUGCGUGUCAGUGAAACUCAAUGUUCAUGUUUGUGUCUGAAAUCUUAGCAAGCAGAACAGUUGGCGAAUUGAACGAUAAACAGUUGUUUAUCUCAUAUCGUAAUGAAUGGAGAAUAAUAAAGCCUUCUAAAAUGCUGUUUUCAAUUGAGUGCUUUCCCCAGGCAACAGUGGU